ACAUCUUUGUAACGUCCACCAAUAGCAUAGUUGCUCGCUAAAAUAUGAAAAUGGCGGCUCUCUGUAGUGAGUUUGGGGACCUGGUACAAAUCAAGAAACAGCUAAUAUCGGUGAUAUCGCUUUGUAAAGAAAGAGGACUUCUGCACAGCGCGAAGUGGGCUUCUGAGUUGGCAUUCUCUCUGGAGCGUCUUCCCAAGGAUGAAUUACCUCCGUCACCUCCUUUUACUGAGGACGAUGCACAAGACCUGGAUGCGCUCACACUGGCCAAAUCCUACUUUGACCUGAAGGAGUACGAUCGUGCUGCCUACUUUCUGAAAGGCUGCUGCAGUCAGAAGGCCUAUUUCCUCUAUAUGUAUUCUCGCUAUCUGUCAGGCGAGAAGAAGAAGGACGAUGAGACAGUGGACAGCCUUGGUCCUCUUGAGAAGGGUCAGGUGCGUAAUGAAGCCUUGCGAGAGCUGAGGGUGGAGCUUAGUAAGAAGCACAUUGCUGGAGAGCUGGACGGGUUCACCCUCUAUCUGUAUGGGGUGGUGCUACGAAAGCUGGAUCUGCUAAAGGAGGCGGUGGAGGUGUUCGUUGAGGCAAUUCACGCACUUCCUCUUCACUGGGGAGCCUGGCUGGAGCUUAGUAACCUUGUAACCAAUAUUGAAAUGCUGAAGUCCCUGUCUCUGCCAGACUGCUGGAUUAAAGACUUCUUCAUGGCCCACAUGUACACAGAGCUGCAGAUGAUCAAAGAGGCGUUACAGAAAUACCAGAACCUGAUCGAGGCCGGCUUCUCUAAGAGCACUUACAUCAUCUCACAGAUUGCUGUUGCCUACCACAACAUCAGAGAUAUCGACCAAGCUUUGGCUCUGUUCAACGAGUUGAGGGAGCAGGAUCCGUAUCGCAUCGACAACAUGGACACAUUCUCUAACCUGCUCUAUGUCAAAAGCAUGAAGCCAGAGUUGAGCUACUUAGCCCACAACCUGGUGGAGAUCGACAAGUACAGAGUGGAGACGUGCUGCGUUAUCGGUAAUUAUUACAGUUUACGCUCUCAGCACGAGAAGGCGGCUCUAUACUUCCAGCGAGCCCUCAAACUGAACCCCCGCUGCCUUGGCGCCUGGACUCUCAUGGGCCACGAGUACAUGGAGAUGAAGAACACUUCGGCUGCCAUCCAGGCCUACAGGCAUGCCAUUGAAGUGAACAAGCGUGACUACCGUGCCUGGUAUGGCCUGGGUCAAACAUAUGAGAUCCUCAAGAUGCCCUUUUACUGUUUGUACUAUUAUCGAAAGGCUCACCAGCUCAGGCCCAAUGACUCACGUAUGCUGGUCGCACUGGGAGAAAGCUACGAAAAACUGUCACAGCAAGUUGAAGCCAAGAAAUGUUACUGGAGGGCGUACUCUGUUGGAGAUGUGGAGAAAAUGGCUCUUCUCAAGCUGGCAAAGCUCCACGAGCAGCUGAAUGAGUCCGAUGAUGCUGCCCAGUGUUACAUGCUUUACAUCCAAGACAUUUUCUCUUGUGGGGAACAACUGGAGCAUGCGGAGGUGAGCACAGCCCUGCGGUACCUGGGUCAGUACUAUUUCAAGAACAAGCUCUACGACGAGGCGUCCCUCUGCGCUCAGCGCUGUUGUGACUACAAUGAUGCUCGCGAAGAGGGAAAGGCUCUGUUGAGGCAGAUCUCACAGGUCAGAGAGCAGAUCGAGACGCCAUCAGCAGAUCUGUUCGCUCCCCUUUCAAACAACAACACUCCUGUCAGGAGGGUGUCUCCGCUGAACCUCAUCUCCUUUACACCCUGACACCCACCCUAGUCUUCACUUGCUUCAAAAUGGACAUUUUUUGUAUCCUGUGACAUUGCUUCGAGGUUUGACUUUGCCAAAACUGUUGGAAGGAUUUUUGUUGACACAUAGAAUGGUCGCUGACAUUAAACCUACUGACAUUUGUUUAUAAAAUGUGUGAUCCUGAUGGGUUUUUGUUCGGGAUCAGACAAGUUCUACUCUGUAAAUGUGAAAGCAAUUAAAGGAAGUGCUGAAGAGGGUUAGCUUGAAUUACAUACUGCAGUGAAUCUUAUAAGGUUUUGGAACAGAUUUUUAAAUACUCUUGCAGCUUUUUGUAUAAUUCAGUGCCCAAUCAAGAGUGUAAAUAUCCUUCAGAGUACAAACAGUGCAAAUUAGGGUCACCUUGAACUAUUUACAUAUACACACACACACAAACACAUCAUGUUUUGACUUGCAGUCCUGGGUCGUGCCUCAUCAAUGCUGUUUAUAUGUAAAUAGUUUAAAUAAAGCAUACCUGUUAUGUAA